CCUGAAUGCACUAUAUCGUGUGUGUGCUGUACGGCACCUCUCAUGCCGCCUCCCUUGCCUCAUGCUGUGCCACAUCUGCCUCGCAGCGACUGUAGCUGCGUGCGUCGUGUGGACAAGAAAGGCUUUUCUGAAUGUGUCCUCCGUGCAAAGACCGACCAGUGCGUGUCACGCUUGCACCUUCUCUAUGUCCGAAACACACACGUCAUACACAAGAUCCCAUCACAUGAGCAGAGCAGUCAAGGCACAAUCAGUCCUUCACACUCGGCCCUUGCCUGCCUGCCUGCCUGCCUUGCGUCUCUGCUGGCCUGUAUCUGCCUGCCUCAUUCCCUUCGCGGCUCGCUAAGUGCCCGGAUCCGGCGGCUUUGCCGAUAUGGACAAAGCGUGCACGCCUGCCUUGAUCUCAUCGUCGAGUAUCUCAUAGAUGAGCCGGUGGCGCUUGAUCAUGGGCACAUUCGCAAAUGCAGCGCUCUCCACCAUCACUCUGCAAUGCAUCCAUGGACACGCGGCGCACACACAGCACAGCACAGCAUUCCAGAGGUGUCUGGAGAGCACUGCACUUCAUGCUGUACUUGAAGUGUGUUUCUUGUUUCCUGUCAAGGCCUUUCAUCGCCGCGUGGCCAGCAUGGAGAUGGCUCUGCAGCAGACACAAGCGCACACAAUGAGUGCAAUGCCUUCCGUUCAUCUGCCCGGACCUCGUCGACGAUCUCAAGCUUCGUUGGAGUCAAUUUCUCCGUGAGCUUUCUCUCAAUCGCCUCAUAAAUGGGUCCCUUUGUCGCCAU